ACAACGCAACGCUUAUUCCUUUAAACACCACACUGCCCUUGAUAUUCUUCUGAACUUCCUCUUUGCCGUCAGCUGUGUAUGUAAGUGCCUUGCGUGAAAGUUCACUCCAUCUCAAGUGAAUUUUGUGUUAACACGUUGCGUUGAAAUGCUACUUAACGCUUUAUCGAGUCGGAUAAAGCUCAUUUCAGGAUGUUCGUUGGCGUUUACCGCCGCCCGGAUGUAUUCUGCUGGCCCGGCAGCCACUAAUCCGGUUGUCUACUUUGACAUUGCUGCAGACAACCAGUCCCUCGGGAGAGUAACCUUCGAGGUGAGUUCAGCUAUUGACCAGGAACUUGAUCCGGGAGGAGGAGACUUUACUAAUCACAAUGGAACCGGAGGGAAAUCGAUCUAUGGAACCAAAUUCGAAGAUGAGAACUUCAAGCUGAAGCACACAGGACCUGGCAUUUUGUCAAUGGCCAACGCUGGGCCCAACACCAACGGCUCUCAGUUCUUCAUCUGCACCGACAAGACAGAGUGGUUGGAUGGCAAACAUGUUGUGUUUGGCAGUGUGACCGAGGGACUGGAUGUGAUCAGGAAAGUGGAGGCGUUCGGAUCCCGUUCUGGGCGUACAGCCAAGAGGAUCACCAUCGCAGACUGCGGAGAGCUUAAGUAGUAUAAAUAGUGCGCACCUUUUUGACCCAGAGCCUAAAUAGUGCACUAUAGAGGGGAGCUGGUAUGGAGUAGGUGUGAUGGUUUCUAAACCCCCUGCUACUGUGAUAUCAAUGUGAAAUAAUCUACAGUGGAUCUACUGUUUACAAUACAGACUGGAACAUGGGCUGUGUUUUACACAGGCAGUCCAAUUUCUAUUGGCAAAAGAUCAGAGCUCAUUGAUCAAACAAAUAGCAAUUAUUAGCAAAUUGAUCCGAAUAGGACUGCGUCUUUAAACCCAUCAAUUGUGUCUGUAUGGCAUGUUGACAAGUGUUUGUUUUUUCAGGGAUAUUAUGUCAAACACUGUUUUAGUGGGGGAAAAGGGAAAGUUUGACUUAUUCUGUGGUUGCUGUUUUUGAUAAAGUUUUCAACCACCCACUUACUGGGCCAGUGCUAAGCUAACUCAUUCAAUGUGAACGUAUCCAAUAAACAAGUUGAUGCCUGUGUGUACGCCUCAGUUAACCAGUUUGUCUGUAAAAAAAAAAAAGAAAAAGACAAUGAUUCUAGAAAGMCUAAAUUGUUUUGUAACAGGGACUGCCAGUAACAUCUGGAAUAAACGUCAUACAUUUUUACAUAAUGUCA